GAACCCAGUGUGACUAUCUGUUCUUUUCUGCAGUCAGGUUGCUGUUGGGAAUCUAUAAGGUGUUGUUCCGAAGAGAGUGAGUGCUGUGUAAGUUUGCAGACAACCGAGUAUAACUGAAACAUUCUGUGAUUGAAAAUGUCGAACUCCAAGAUGCAGCUUGCAGCAGUCAUUUACGGGAAGGAUGAUUUGCGAAUGGAAGAAAGACCAGUCCCAUUGCCAGGAAAGGGAGAGGUACAGAUCGCCGUUGCCUGCGUUGGGAUUUGUGGGUCGGAUAUUCAUUAUUUGCAAGAGGGCUCUCUUGGCACUCUGGCGAUCAAAGAACCUUUCGUCUUGGGUCACGAGUUCAGUGGAACAGUGACAUCUAUCGGAGAGGGAGUAACAAGCCUGAAAAUUGGUGACAGAGUGACACCAGAGCCAGCUGCUGCAUGCCGUAAAUGCGAGAUAUGUCUGUCCGGCCGCUACAACAUUUGUCGCAACAGGGUUACUUUUUGUGGGACACCAGGGUUCGACGGAGCGCUUCGAGCGCUUUGCUGUCACCCGGCCAAUUUCUGCCACAGGCUCCCAGACAGCCUAAGCAUGGAAGAAGGAAUGCUAAUGAACAUUCUGGCAGUCGGUGUUUAUGUUUGUGAGCGUGCAUGCAUUAGGCCUGGCUCCAGCAUAAUUGUAACAGGCGCCGGCCCUGUUGGGAUAGCAAUGCUUCUUGCCGCUAAAGCAUCAGGGGCGACGAAAGUCUGCAUUACAGAUGUUCUCCAGCACCGUCUUGACUUUGCUAAAUCAGUGGGGGCAACUCACACUCUCCUUGUCAAGGCUAGCGACGACCCCCAAGCUGCUGCCACCAAAGUAAAAGAUUUAAUGGGGUGCGAGGCCGAAACUUCGAUUGAGUGUAGUGGUGCCGAGGAAGCCCUGUCAAUGGCCAUUUUGGCUACCAAGCCAGGUAAAGUUGUGGCUGUUGUAGGAACUGGGAAUACCAACAAAACUAUCCCGGCAUUCCACGCGCUCACUAAUGAAAUUGACAUAUAUUUUUGUUUUGCCUACAAAAACUGUCACGAAAUUGCAAUGGAGUUAGUGACCUCUGGCAAAGUGGACAUCAAACCGCUGAUCACUCAUCGAUUUAAACUGGACAAAGCUCUGGAGGCGUUCGACUGCGCCAGGAAUAGACAAGGGAUGAAGGUGGCCAUCGCGUGUAAUGACUAUUAGCUGUAACAGGAGACGGUUAUCACAUAGAACGAAAGAAAAACAGAGAAGUGCGACAAGAUAAUUUGUUUUACAAGAUAAUUUGCUUCCAAAUUAUUAUACGUUGAGUUUAGAUAGGCGUUUAACCCCCUUUACUCUGGACGGUACUUUUUGCGUCAUUUGUACGACCAUGAAACUGGAAUCGCUGUGGUCGUAUCGCUUUGAUGGCAGAAUGAAUGGUCAAUGAUAGGCCAGUUGUCGGCAUGUAAAGUUAUAUUUGUUUUACUCUCAAACAGGUCGCACUACGGGACGAAAAAGGACGCCGUCCAGUAUAAAGGGGGCUUAACAAACAUAAAACUGUAUGUCUAAUAGGUAAAGGGGUGAUACUUCCUUGUCAAAAUCUAGCGACGUUUAUAACUUAUUAUAGCAUUGCUGAAAAUAGUUCAGCAAUACUUAAUUGAUCAGCAUUACUUUGCUUACUCCAUUGUUUAAAGCCAUAGUCUCAAUUUGAAACAUGCUACGCUUAUGUCUGCUAGAAAAAAAUUCAUCUAACAUGAUUUUUGAGUAAUGGAUCACAUAAAGUGUACAGACUUCUGGAAGCAUUUGAAUACGCCAAGUAAAAAGAAGGGUUGAAGGUGGCCAGAGACAUUUUGCUCCAAUAGAAAACAGUUAUCUUGAAGAAUGAAACCAUAAAGCAGAGACUUUUGACAAGAUUAUUUGAUUCACAUGAUAAUGAUGCCUACAUACUGUAUAUACGCUGAGCUUGUAUGAGCAUGACGCCGAUAAUAAUUCUUAGCGGUAAAGGUGCGUAACGUCUAUGUCAUGUUUAGACGUGACUAGCAAUUUUUAAGAUCGAUCAGCAUUAUAAAUUGAUCAGGAAUAUUUGGAAUGGCUCUGAAACAGAUGGCUUUGGUUUGGACAUGUUUGGUGCAGAAUUGUAAUUAAUGAAGUUAUAGCCGCGGUUUCUUGA